AUGCUCCGCAGAUACGUUGUGGUACCGAGCAAUGGACCAAACGAAGGGACCCCGGAAGCAAACGUUCAGCGCGGCAAAACACGUAGCAGCAGGAAUCGACAGCUCCGCAACAAAGUCAACUUGCCAAUGUUCCCCGUAAGAUACGAGCCAUAUCCCAGCGCGCGGAACCGCCGGGCGGCACGCAACUUACGCCCUCCGGACUGGAGCAACGUUCCCCUGCCAUCGUACCAGAGGGGUUUUUACACUGAACAUACCCGGACUGCCCAGAGGUCCUCCGAAGAAGUGGAGGCGUACCGCAACGCUAACGAGAUAAUCGUCACAGGACGCGACGUGCCCAAGCCCAUCCUGCACGUAAACGAAGCCGGCCUCUCGGAAUCCUUGACAAAGGCAAUCGAGAAACUCAACUCUGACUCGUCGCUGACCGCAUUGCAGGCUCAGUGCUGGCUUGUGGCACUCAGUGGCAGAGACGUGGUGGCCAUUGAUCACACAGCCUCCAAAUGGAAGUCACUGGCCUACCUCGUUCCAGCCCUCGUCCAUGCAAAACAUCAGUCGUCAGUACUGGCUGAUGGUAAACCUACUGUUGUAAUUCUAACACUGACGCGAGAAGCGGCUCUACAGGUUCGAACCGCUGUUCAACAGUUUAUCGAGGAGUCGGGGAUUCGAACGAUGUAUAUUUUGUCCGGUGACGCCAAGCCUCCGCAGAUUAAGCAGCUGAAGAAAGGUGCUGAUAUUUGCGUCGCGACUCCAGGUCGCCUCACAGCAUUCAUGGAGGAAGGCAAGGUGAAUCUGGGCCGCUGCACACUCUUAACUAUGGCUGAUGUGGACCGCAUGCUGGAAAUGGGCUUCAGCAAGAAUCUUCGUGCGAUUGCGGACAACGUACGACCGGACCGACAGACGCUCGUGAAACUGACGUGCGCAACGAAGGAGUCGUGGGAACUAGCGCAGAAGUUCACUAAUGAUCCCGUCAACAUCAGCGUCGGCACAGCGACGCAGGAGCAGCAGAAUAAGCGUGUAGAUCGUGUUGUCCUCAUAUGCGAGAAGGCUAAGAAGGUGGGCAAACUCGUCAACCUGUUAAAGGACAUCCUCAGAGACGACACUGACCAGGCCAUCGUAUUUGUCGAGAGGCAGCAAACGGUAGAACACCUUGCGUCGAUCUUGUGCCUUCAGGGCUGGCCGGCUGUCGGUAUUCACGCGAAAAAGACGGAUCAAGAACACCAAGAGGCAUUCAACGCCCUGUGCUCUGGCAAGGCGUUUGUCCUGGUAGCAACCGACAUGGCGACGAAGCCUAUACAGCUGGACCGCGUCCGCUUCGUCGUCAGUUAUGACCACCCGGUACACUCGAGCGACUACCGACGCCGCUAUGGUCACGCGAUUCGGCUUGAUGGGAGGGGCAGGACGUACACGUUCCUAGCACCCGAUGACCAUGUGCGGGCCAGGGAGCUGAUGCGGUUUUUCCGGGACAACAAACUGCCACUUCCGCAUGGGCUACGUAAAGUGGCGAACAAGGUGGUGCAAAAAUAG